AGAGUAUCACAGAGAAGGUGACCACAACCCCCUGAUCCUAACCCUCCUCUACUUCAGGACUACAACGUCUCCCUAAAGAACUACAACCCCCUGAGCUCCACAGGACUACAACGUCUCCCUAAAGAACUACAACCCCCAGGGUUCCGAGCGGAGCGGCCAUGAACGCAGAGACCCAGGUGAAGUGUGUGCUGGUGGGGGACAGUGCUGUCGGGAAGACGGCCCUCCUGGUUCGCUUCACCUCAGAGACCUUCCCUGAGUGCUACAAACCAACUGUGUAUGAGAACACUGGAGUAGAGGUGUUCAUGGACGGGACUCCGAUCAACCUGGGUUUGUGGGACACGGCAGGAAAUGACACGUUCAGACAGAUCCGUCCGAUGUCCUAUCAGCAGGCGGAUGUGGUCCUGAUCUGCUACUCCGUGGCCAACGCCGCCUCCCUCGCCAGCGUCAAGCACAAGUGGCUGGUAGAGGUGCGUGACAACCUUCCCCGUGUCCCGGUGCUGGUGGUGGCCACCCAGACGGACCAGCGUGACUCCGGGCCUCACAGCGCCUCCUGCUCCUCCGCCGCCGAGGGCAAACGCCUCGCUCAGGACAUACGGGCCAAGGGAUAUCUGGAGUGCUCGUCGCUAAGCAACCGCGGCGUGCAGCAAGUGUUCGAGUGUGCGGUGAGGACGGCGGUGAACCAGGCCAGGAAACGGACGCGCCCGCGGAUGUUUGACAUCAACAGCUGUGUGGUGUUUUGACCUCUGAACCUUUUGGGGGGAGGGGCCUAGGUUGGGGUGGUGCUGGGAGGAUACUGAAGCCUCUAACUACUGCUCUGGGAUCAGGUCUCGGGGCCAGUGGCGACUCAGACUCGGACUCAUCACCAGGGACUUGAGACUGGCGGGUUUAGUGACUCGACUACAUCACUGUGUCUGACUUGAACUGUUUGAGGUCCUGUCUGACCCCAGGACCUGUGGUUUUGGGGGAACUGAGGCCCUGUCUGACCCCGGGACCUGUGGUUUUGGGGGAACUGAGAUCCUGUCUGACCCCGGGACCUGUGGUUUUGGGGGAACUGAGGUUCUGUCUGACCCCAGGACCUGUGGUUUUGGGGGAACUGAGGUCCUGUCUGACCCCAGGACCUGUGGUUUUGGGGGAACUGAGGUCCUGUCUGACCCCAGGACCUGUGGUUUUGGGGGAACUGAGGUCCUGUCUGACCCCAGGACCUGUGGUUUUGGGG